AUGUACGACCUCCCAAGCCUCCCCGCAAAGCAUCAUGACUUCAUCAGUUACGUCCAAUCGCAUCAAGACAAGCCAAUUGAAGCCUUGGUCCGACCGUACAAUGAAUUCGACGCCGUCGCGCGCAAAGUCUUUGCUCAAGAACCCUCCCAUCCCGCACUGAAAGACAACCAUCUUAACCUCGUCCCUCUUUACGACGAAUCGACAGGAUCAAAUAAUGUCCAGGUUCGAGCGCGCAAUCUGGAUGCAGAGCCCCAGGAGCUCAAGGACCAGUAUCUACUGCCCCUGAAGAACCAGGAUCGGAGACCCACUGGUUCCCCCGCCGUGGUUCCAACUCUCGAAGAGUUCCAGAAGAACUUCACGCUGUUUUCUGAGGGCGCUUUGAGUGAUCUGGAGUGGAGCAAUGUUGUUGUCGCCGGAAGUGCCGUGGUGACUUCUCUUUUACCCGUGCCGGAAAAACAUCGUGGCUCGAAGCGUGCGUUGAGACAGUUUUACCAUGAAAAAUUCGCUCCGGCGUCGGAUGUGGAUCUGUUCUUGUAUGGUUUGACGGAUGAGGAAGCCGUGGAGAAGAUCAAGCACAUCGAGUCGAGGAUCAAGAAUACGAUUCUUUACGAGACCACCACUGUCAGAACGAAGAAUACGAUUACCAUUGUCUCUCAAUAUCCGACUCGUCAUGUCCAGAUUGUUCUUCGGAUUUACAAGUCGGUCGCGGAGAUCCUGACUGGCUUUGAUGUUGACUGCUCUUGUGCUGCGUAUGAUGGCAAGCAGGUCUAUGCCUCGCCCCGUGCUUUGGCAUCGUAUAUUACGCAGAUAAAUCAGAUUGAUAUGACGAGGCGCUCGCCUUCUUAUGAGAACCGCCUUUCGAAGUAUUCACACCGCGGAUUUGAGGUAUUUUGGCCGUCGCUGGACCGCUCCAGAAUUGACCCGACAAUCUUCGAAAGAAGUUUCUCGAGGACAGUUGGUCUUGCACGCUUGCUAGUGCUGGAGAAGCUUCCAAAAUCCGAGGACCGGGAGAAUUAUCUCAUGCAGAGACGGGCGGAGCGUGGCCGGCCACUUGCCAAUAGAUACGCCCAAAGAACGAAGCAGCUUCCCGGCAACAUCAAAGAUGACUGGGACGAUGAAGCUCCUGAAUGGCAGGAAGAGGAUGAAAUCUCCGACUACAAUCAUUUUUCCAUUCCUUACGGACCGAGAUAUCAUGCCAAGCGCAUCGAAAGGCUCCUGUUUACCAAGGACUUGCUGCUCAAUGCAGAGUGGAAUAGGCCAAAGGACAGGACAGUUAGGCUUCAUCGUCACCCCGCCUUCUUCGGCGACGUUGAAGACGUGAUCCAUGAUUGUUGCGGCUACUGUCCUGAGCCUGUCACAGAGGAGGACAAGGAGGUCGCUGAGGAAGAGAGUAAGAUUUAUAUUUCUGGUGAUGUCUCAUUAUUCAUCAAGGAUGAUCCUGGCCGUCAGGAGAUUGGCAGUUUCAAUCCUAUCACGGACACAGACUGGACAGAAAUGGCGUACAUUGGAAACACGGAGCAGUUGUGUCAAGCGAUCGUCGACCACGACCUCGAAGCUGUGAAGCAAUGGCUGUUACAAGAAUCAGCCGACCCGAACACCCGAGACUACACCGGCAGGACGCCUUUACAUCUGGCAUCUUUGACUUCUACCCCAGAGAUCGUGCAGUGCCUGGUCGAUCACGGUGCCCGAAUGAUCUCGCGUGUGGCUGAUGGCCGGACUGCGCUGCAUUUCGCGGCCACCAGAGGCAAUGUGGACAUUGUCCGAGUCCUUCUCAUUAAGAGCGAGCAGAAUGAGGAGCAAGAAGCGAAGAAAGAAGAUCUUCGCAAGAGUGAGCCUCCACAAGAGAAGGGAAAGCCCACGGAUCAGCCUGAAGACGAUGAUAUCGAGAUGAUCGACAUUGAUGAUGGCAGCUCUCGCACUUCCGCAUCAUUUGUCAGAGUCGAAGCACCGGAAUCUGGCGAUGUCUUUGAUGGGACUGAAAACGAGCUCGAACCCGAUGUUUACGAUGUCAACGUGCUGUCCUGGGAUAGCCGCACUUCACCUCUUCAUCUCGCGAUCCUCAACGGCCAUGUCGACGUUGUUGAGGAGCUGGUUUCGUCUUUUGGCGCCGAUGUCCUACUGCCAAUCAAGCUACUGGGUUCUGAAAACACGCCUACGGCUGCAAUUCUCACUUUGGUUCUGGCACUGCAGCUACCGCUUGAAAAGGCCAAGGCAAUGACUCAGAAGCUUCUGCAGCUGGGUGCCUCGCCUGCCCAAGCCGACCUAAAGCACAACACACCACUGCAUUAUCUGGCCGCCUCCAACUACUCAGAGCUUCUGGACCUUUAUCAUCAUCAUGAUGAACCAGCAGUUAAGCGUGCCAUCAAUCAUCUUGCAUUUCUGGGAUACUCCUGGACUCCCGAGCCUUACUCUGCGUUUGUCGCUGCAAUCAACUCGAAAAACCCUGUCGGAGCAAUCAAACUGCUUGAAGCCGGCGCCGAGCCGACGCUUGAAUUCAGUCAUUUUGUUCAAUCCGCCAAGGCAGUGUUCGAAGCGAUCCAAUCAAACUCGUCAGAGAAAAAUACAGACAUCUUCCGUCACAAUGUGCCUCAGCCCAUCAUCUUGGCUGUCAAGAAGGAGCUGCCAGAGCUCGUCAUUAACCUUCUUGAGCGUGGUGUGGAUCCCAACACAUUGACUACUGAGGGAUGUUUAGUGGUUGAUGAUGAGGAUGUGCGCGACUACACCAAGGGGGCUUCCUUGCUUGACAACGUUCGUGACAAGAUCAAAAAUCUACAAGCGUACAAGGGUGAAAAAUGCACUUCGUUACCCCCACGCCCACUCGAGACUGAUGACAAGGCUUACCUCGACGGCAUCAAGGAAGGAACUUAUGCGAUGCUCACUGCUCGGCAACAAGUGAAGGAGGCCAGACAGGAGUAUGAAAAGAAUCUAAGGUAUCACCAAGAUGCAGUGAACGAAGCGCGAAACUGCAAGGGAGUGGAUCGUAAAUUGGCAGCGGCCAAAGACCUUGCUGAGGAAUUCCAGAAGGUAGAGGCUGUCUUGCUCGAGAAGGGUGCAAAGACGUUUGUGGAGCUGUAUCCUGAUAUCGAAGCGCCAAGGGAAGAUGAGGAGGAAGAGGAGGAAGAUGAGACGCUGAAGAAAGAUAAAUUCAAGGUGACUUACAAAUUCCGUGUGCCGGAUCUGACGAAGACUAAGAGGAAUGGUUACCUGGAACUAUACGAAGCAGCAUGGAACGGAGAUCUGGGAACUAUCAAAGCCCUUACUCUUACCACGUGGGGUCCCAACAACGAAGAGGCGCCUCUUCAGAUUGCCAUCACUGACCGACACUUCUUCUCGCCUUUCUCCAUUGCAGUCCUACGCGGACAUCUGAGUGUGGCAAAGGCAAUCCUUGGGAUUGUUCAGGCUCAGUAUAAGCCAAUGGAACAAAAAGGGCACAAGAGAUACACAGCGGACUAUGACACCGACCAGCCUCGCAUCUACAGUGAGAUUGUCGAUGACCAAUUCACUGUCGACAACAUAGGGGAGGUAGCCACGCAGGUGGAAUGUCCUAUCAAACCACUCGAUGUCCUCCGUUGGGAGUGCUCUGCUCGGUUAUUUAUCGAAAACGACGGCAUAUCCGACUCGGCACGAUAUGAAGUUCAAUCCGGAAUCACAUCUGUUCUCCAAAAUUACUUCUCUACUUGGCGCUUAGAUGACGACGCAUCGCGAAUUCCCCAACAUGUGCUCGAUUACGCAGUCUGGACCGACAACGUUCCUUUGUUGGUAUUCCUGCUUGAACUAGGCCAGGAGCUCACCAGCCAGGAUGCGGAGAAAGACACUACGAUCUACACCGUUCCUGAGCGCGUUUUUGUCAUGGCUAUCGGCUUGGGCCGCUUGCGCUGCCUCGAAGAACUCAUUAAACGAACCGGGGCAGGCAUGCCGAUCGACGAGUUUGUCGAGAAGAGUGGCGUGAAAUUGGCAGAGAGACCUGAGUUUUAUCAGGGACUUACCAUCCGCGGAAAGAAGCGCGCGGAUUGGGCUAGGGCCGAACGAUGGCAGGGAGGACAAGAGAAGAGCAAGAGUUCACCGCUCCUGGUUGCUGCGUCUUACGGAAAGCUCGAUUCUACCAAAUGGUUCCUGGGCAAGGAACCGGGGCAGCAGUAUGUUGCUUUCACGAAGGCGUACGAACAUGACAAGCGCUUGAAGCAUCUUGAAAAGUCUGCAAAGGGUGUUGAGGGCGCUUUGAUGAAUUGGCUUAAGUCGAGGAGUGGUCUGUCUCUGCAUUGUGCUGUGCUGUCCAAGCCAAACGAGGAAUCUGAACAAUUAGUCGAAUACCUCGCAAAGCAAUAUCCGGGCGGCUUGGAGACCAAAUCUCAAGAGGGACAUACGCCCUUGGCGCUUGCUUUCUCCUUGCACCGGGCGAGCUUUGCGAAGAUCCUGAUAGAAGCUGGAGCGGAUCAAACCACCCGUGAUCGCAGCGGAAACAACCUUAUCCACUUGCUGUUGUGCGAUAAGAACGGCGAAGCCCGAGAAAAUCCCGACAACAUGGAGUCACUACUCGCCCUUCUCGACUCCCGCCUUAUCCCGUCAUUGCUCACAGAGCGGUCUUCGGAGCGGCCAGGAUCGUUAACUCCGCUUGCUCGCUGGAUUCUCAAAGCGUACGGUUUCGAUUCCUAUCAGUCCAACAGCAUAGAAACAGACGGCAAAACGGCCGUGCUGCGUAUAAUCCUGGAUCUCGCCCAGCCGGCAGGCCAGAAACAUCUGGAGAUGCUCGAUGGUGCCGGCAACACGCCCAUCCACGACGCUGUCAAGGGCGAGCUGCCACGAGCCCUGAAGCUCAUGGUCGACAGUCGCGCGGACCUCUUGCACCGCGAGAGCGCCACGGGCACCACACCGUUCGAAAUGGCAAUUGACAAAUGGGUCCACAAAGCAACCGAAGGCCCGCCGCGUAUUCCGUCGGCAGAGACGUCAUCGUGGAACGAUGAGGACGCUCCGUACAGAGGAGUGUUGAAGCAGCAGCCCGAGUACUUUGUUGAGGAGAAGCAGACUCAAGAUGUGCGGCGAGAGAUUUGCGAAUUGUGUCGUGAGCGGGCGCAGACUGGCGGUCAGAAGAGGAAGCUGGUUACUUUGUUCGAGGCGAAUGAAGUCGCGAAGCGACUGGCGGCGAAGUCUCAUGGUGAUGAUGAGGGUACGAAGGUGGAAGUUGAUGAGGUGUCGACGUGGUAUGAGCGGGCUGCUCAUGAGCGGGAGGAGUGA